CUUACUCUAUGUUGUCGUUGGACAGUUCACCUCUGCCUCCCGCAUCCAUAAACAAAAUAAAUUCUUUCUAAAGUUAGAUAGUGAACAUGGCGGUUGGUAAAAAUAAAGGCCUGUCGAAAGGCGGUAAAAAGGGUGUUAAGAAGAAGAUCGUUGAUCCCUUCACCCGUAAAGAUUGGUACGAUGUCAAGGCACCGUCUAUGUUCACCAAGAGACAAGUGGGAACCACCCUUGUCAACCGUACUCAGGGUACCAAAAUCGCCUCUGAGGGUUUGAAGGGCCGUGUCUUUGAAGUUUCGCUGGCCGAUCUUCAAGCUGACACUGACGCAGAAAGGUCUUUCCGCAAGUUCCGUUUGAUCGCUGAAGAUGUUCAGGGUCGCAAUGUUCUCUGCAACUUCCACGGCAUGGACCUCACCACUGACAAGCUCAGAUGGAUGGUUAAGAAAUGGCAGACUCUUGUUGAGGCCAACAUUGAUGUGAAGACUACGGACGGAUACCUGCUCCGUGUCUUCUGCAUUGGUUUCACCAACAAGGACUCGCUCAGCCAGCGCAAGACCUGCUACGCCCAGCACACCCAGGUCCGUGCUAUCAGGAAGAAGAUGUGUGAAAUCAUCACCCGUGAUGUCACCAACUCUGAACUCCGUGAGGUCGUCAACAAACUGAUCCCGGACUCCAUUGCCAAGGAUAUCGAGCAUGCGUGCCGCGGCAUCUACCCUCUUAGGGAUGUCUGCAUUAGGAAGGUUAAGGUUCUGAAGAGGCCGCGUUUCGAGAUCUCCAAGCUUAUGGAGCUUCAUGGUGAAGGUGGUAGUGGCAAGAGAGGCGAAGCCGGUGAUAAGUCGGAGCGCCCUGAAGGCUACGAACCUCCCGUUCAAGAGAGCGUUUAAGUUUAAUAUACAUGUAAAAAACUGAAUUUUGUGUCUUUUUAUUUCAAUUUAAUCUGUUGGUGAUUAAACAUACCUACUACCGUAAAGAAUGGAAAGGCGCAGUUGAAGAAUAACAUCGGCAGUAUGGGGAUUAAUUGUUUAAUAAUAAUGGAAUCUACUUAUAUCUAAUAAUAAUAAACAGUAUAAAUAGUAUUUUUUGUUUUAUUUA